GGAAGCAGGCAGAUUGCACUCUCUUAAUUGCACAGUGCUUCCCUCUAUGGUCGAUUAUCCCUUCCCCCAAAACAAUCGGCCCGAUUUUCAUUCAUUUUAAAAAAGUCUCGAAACUUUCUUCUACCCGGGCAGUUGAAUUGGGCCUGUCCCACAUGAAUCCAGAGUUCCCGGAGUAGAGCCGAAGCCCAAAAACUCAAACCGAAAACAAGAACUGGACAACUCGAACCGAGGAAGAGAACGAGAGAAGAAAAAAGAGGCAAAUUGGAGCUCCUGAUAUUCCAUUGCCAGUUCCUCCAAAACCAGUGAAUUGUAAUAGAGAAGGAAAAAUUACAAGUCUGUAUAAAUGGAUUCAUCACAAUCAUCUACGUUAGGGACGGGAGGGAGCGGCGGGAAUGGGAUAGUCAGCAGUCAAACAAAUGAUACGAGAACCGCCACGCCGAAUGAUGAUCCAAAGCAGAAUCUGACUCAAGUAAUAAACUCCAUCCAGAAAACUUUAGGCCUUCUCCAUCAACUAUACCUCACCGUCUCUUCUUUUAAUGCUGCUUCGCAGCUCCCUCUCCUUCAACGCCUGAAUUCCUUGGUUUCGGAGCUUGAUAACAUGGCAAAAUUGUCUGAGAAGUGUAAUAUUCAAGUGCCUAUGGAAGUUCUCAAUUUGAUUGAUGAUGGGAAGAACCCUGAUGAAUUUACAAGGGAUGUUUUAAACAGCUGUAUUGCAAAAAAUCAGGUUACUAAAGGCAAAACUGAUGCCUUCAAGAGUUUACGAAAGCAUCUUCUGGAAGAGCUUGAGCAGACGUUUCCUGACGAAGUUGAAUCAUACAGAGAGAUACGUGCAAGUUCUGCUGCUGAAUUUAAACGGCUUGCUCAAUCACAAAGUAUGUUACCAAAUGGAGAUGUAAAGGUCAAAACUGAGCUUUAGACGCUCAUAUCGAUGAUGAUUUGGAGAUUGAAGCUGAAUUGUCGCCAUUUAUUUGGAGACUGACAAUAAAACUCUAUGCUGGGCAAAUUAAAAGCAGGGAAUAUUCUGGCAGUUAUUCUAGUUAUAAGUGGAAAAUAUUCUUGCAGUUAUUCUUAGUAUUUGGAAGCUUGGAAAGGCAAAAUUGUAUAUUUGCAUCAGUACUUUUUGUUGUGCAGUUAUUUGACAGAGAUAUUAGUUUAGACAUAUUGGAGGCCUGUUGUUGUGAGGCUUCUUGCUCAUAAACUCAUAUGUGUUAGUCAAGGGGCACAGUCUUUCUACUAUAUUGCCUAUUUUUUCAUAAGCUCAUUCUGCCUGAAUAUAGUCCCCUUGUUUGCGUCAUU